CUGUAGUUCCUCUCUCGGGUUUCCAGGCUCCGGCUUGCCUAGUUGAUCUCUGUAUAUUUGGACGCUUCGAUCGGAAAUUACACGAUUUAGAGGAAUUGGUAAUGUGCGGAUGCUGAAAUUUAUAGUGAAUUUUCGCGGUUCAGUUUCAGUGAAAUCAGCGUUUUUAGUUUGAGUAGCUGCAGCUCUUGGUUUUGUCAUUCAGGGAAAAAACUGUAUGAAGAUUAGCAUUUACUGUUGUUGAUGAGAAUAUUACGGAAGAAUUUCGUUCUUAGUCGGAUGGAUCGCCAAGAUUGAAAGCAAUGGGGAAGAGAACAUGGGAGAAAACUUGCUAAGAGAAGCAAAGACGAACACAUCCAUGUUGACAGAGCACCCACCCUCAAGAGAAGUAUCCCGGUCUGGGGCCCACGAAGGGGGACGAGAAGCCAAGAGUGGUGGUUCUGGGUUCGGGUUGGGCCGGGUGCAGGCUCAUCAAGGAUAUUGAUACCAAGAUUUAUGAUGUUGUCUGUGUCUCACCCAGAAAUCACAUGGUGUUCACUCCACUCCUCGCUUCCACUUGUGUAGGAACGCUUGAGUUCCGGUCGGUUGCUGAGCCGAUCGGGAGGAUCCAGCCCGCCAUUUCGAGAGAACCCGGUUCUUAUUUCUUCUUGGCUAAUUGUACUGGGGUUGACUUCCAGAAUCACCAGGUUCACUGCCAAACUGUCACUGAAGGUGUGGAAACCUUAGAUCCAUGGAACUUCAAAGUUGCAUACGACAAGCUAGUAAUUGCUUCUGGAGCACAGGCUUCUACAUUUGGAAUUAAGGGUGCAAAUGAACAUGCAACCUUUCUUCGUGAAGUUCAUCAUGCUCAGGAGAUCAGGAGGAAACUGCUGCUAAAUCUGAUGCUGUCAGAUGUGCCAGGAAUAACUGAUGAAGAGAAGCGUAGGCUUCUGCAUUGUGUUGUUGUUGGAGGUGGUCCCACAGGAGUUGAGUUCAGUGGAGAACUUAGUGACUUUAUACAGAAGGAUGUUCAUCAAAGAUACGCACAUGUGAAAGAUUAUAUUCAUGUUACUCUGGUUGAGGCAAAUGAGAUUCUAUCAUCCUUCGAUGAUCGCCUCAGAAAAUAUGCAAUUAAGCAAUUGACCAAGUCAGGAGUUCGUCUUGUCCGUGGAAUUGUGAAGGAUGUCCAAGCUGAAAAGAUAAUUCUUAGCGACGAUACUGAGAUUCCAUAUGGUGUUUUAGUGUGGUCCACAGGGGUUGGUCCUUCAGCAUUCGUGAAUUCCCUGGAAAUUCCUAAAGCACCUGGCGGAAGGAUUGGCAUUGAUGAAUGGCAACGUGUCCCUUCUGUCCAGGACGUGUUUGCAAUUGGUGACUGCAGUGGGUUUCUUGAAAAUACUGGCAGGCCCGUUCUACCAGCCUUAGCCCAGGUGGCAGAACGACAGGGAAAAUAUCUUGCAAAACUGUUGAACCACUUAGGCAAGGCCGGUGGUGGACGUGCUGAUGCUGCAAAAGAGUUGGAUUUUGGGAGCCCGUUUGUGUAUAGGCAUUUGGGGAGCAUGGCUACCAUUGGGAGGUACAAGGCCCUUGUUGACCUCAGGCAGAGCAAGGAAGGAAAAGGUCUGUCGCUGGCCGGAUUCGUCAGCUGGUUCAUUUGGCGCUCGGCAUAUCUCACUCGUGUCGUAAGCUGGAGGAACCGAUUUUACGUAGCCAUCAACUGGUUGACGACUUUUGUGUUUGGUCGUGAUAUAAGUCGGAUAUAGACACGAGCACGUUCUUGUUGUCUUGUUCACUCCAGAAUAGAUGGUGAAACACUAUGGCUCGGAUCAGGACAUUACCGUAUAUCUGUACCACGUGGUCUUUCUAUUUAGUUCCACUUCCGACCAGGAGUUGGAAAAGACUGGGGAGUUGCAAAACUCAACAACAGUCAGCUUCGUACAGUGUGAUCAAGAAGCAAUGUGUUAGGUAUACUUCUGGGUAGGACUACACACACGAUUGAACUUCGUGAAAGUUUUCCUUUGUGAAUUAUUUUGUUAAGUUAUUUGGUGUAUAUCAGAUUGGACUAUUUAUAUAUCGUCCAGUGUUUUGAUAAAAUCAAGUGGGUAAAUAUUUGCAAA